AUGCUGCCAGUUCUUCGACGCGGAACAUAUUGGAAGACUGCGACUGUUGGUGCUGCACUCAUAGCGAGUCUCCAGCUUGCACCCAGCCGUGUCAACCUUCUUCGCAAAGAGUCCGUGUUCCAAAGUCUUUAUCGCACCUUCAAAAUGUCAAGCACUGGGACGUAUCCAUCCCUCACGCCUCCCCAAGCCCCCAUCAAGUGGACGCACUCUGCAGACUUUAUCAAAACAGAAACAGAAGCACAGAUAACAAAGAACCGUCAACUCCACGACACCAUUGCUGCCCUCAAGCCAGAAGACUGCAACUUCAAGUCGGUCUUCCAUGCCAUCGCAGAAGCUUCCAACACGUUCGAGCAGGCAAUUAGUCCCUUGACCUUUUAUACACACGUUACAACAGACGAUGGUGUUCGUGCCGCGAGUAUUGCUGCAGAGGAGGCACUGGACAAGUUGAGUCAACUGCCUUUACGGCAGAGGUAUCCGCACAUAUUAACAAACACCCAUGAUUCCAGGUACUCGGUCGAAGUUCAAAUGCGCGUAGACGUAUACCGCUCGCUGAUCAACGCCGAGAAAAACACAGAUAUGUCCACUCUUACCCCAGAACAAAAGCGCCUUGUGGAGAAGAUGAUCACCGAGGGGAAACGAGCGGGUCUUGCUCUUCCAGACGACAAACGCGAGCAGCUCAAAAAGCUAAAGGAAGAACUCGCCAAGGGCUGCCAGGACUUUUCGAAUAAUUGCAAUCAAGAAAAGGGCUACCUCGACUUCGAGCCUGACCAACUGAAAGGCGUCCCAGAGAGUACGCUGAAGCAGUAUAAGAAGUUGGAUGAUGGAAAGCUUCGAGUAACAUUCAAGACCCCGGAUAGUGUCCCUGUGAUGCAAUAUGCCCAAAUACCGGAAACGCGCAAGACUAUGUACAGCGGGAUGGAAGACCGUCUCAAAGUCAACGUUCCAAUCUUUGACAGUAUCCUCGAGCUCCGUCGUAAAUGCGCUGAUCUUCUCGGAUACGACACAUGGGCGGCAUACGUUCUCGAGGACCGCAUGAUCAAGUCUGCCUCUGCCGCCGCGGCGUUUCUCGAUGAUCUACAGCAGAAAUUGAAGCCAAUUGGAGACAGUGACCUCCAGACAUUGCUCAAACUCAAAGAGGAAGAGCACAAGGAGCUCGGGCUGCCCUUCGAUGGCAACUUUUAUGCUUGGGACUGGAGAUAUUAUGACAGAAAACUGGUGGAGACGUCAUUGUCUCUGGACAACGAUCUCGUUAAAGAGCACUUCCCAGUCAAUGUCGUGGUCCCGGCUAUCCUCGACAUUUACAAGGACCUCUUAAAUGUCAGGAUCGAGGAAGUACCGAACGCAGAAGUUUGGCAUCCAGAUGUCAAGCAGUAUGCAGCUUGGGAGCUUGAUGCCAAGGACGAAUCUGGCUUCCUCGGAUAUCUGCAUCUUGAUCUUUAUCCACGCGAGAACAAGUACGGUCAUGCGGCGGUGUGGGGUCUCAUCCCAGGAUUCCAAAAAGCCGACGGUACUCGGAACUAUCCCGUCACUUGCAUGGUCGCAAACCUCGCCAAACCAUCUGCCGACCGUCCUGGGCUCAUGUCGCACGACGACGUUGUGACCUUCUUCCACGAAAUGGGACAUGCCUGGCACGGGCUUCUGAGCAGGACGCAAUACGGGCGUUUCCACGGCACCUCCGUAGCCAGGGACUUUGUCGAGGCUCCUAGUCAGAUGCUGGAGAACUGGUGUUUUGAAAAGGUUGUACUUGAGAGGGUUUCAAGUCACUACCAAACACAGAAGCCGCUCUCACAGGAUUUGAUUCAGCGUAUUAUUGACAGUCGAUAUGUCAACGUUGGAUUAUUCUAUCUGCGUCAAGUGUAUAUUGGAAAGUUUGACCAGACGGUUCAUACAUCCAAGUCGGCUAUUGACGUCAACAAGGCAUGGAACGAACUUCGCGAGAGUAUCAGCUUGGUGAAAGGUUUCGCACCUGCUGACUACAAACCUGGAUACGGCGCAGUUGGACACUUUGCAGGUGGCUAUGAUGCCCAAUACUAUGGCUACGCCUACUCUUUGGUAUUUGCGUACGACAUGUACGAGACCAUCUUCAAGAAGAAUCCAUUGGAUCCUGCUGCAGGCAAACGGUACAGAGAGUGCAUUCUCGGGCCUGGAGGUAGUCGCGAAGAGAUGGAUUCUCUCAAGGAAUUCCUUGGGCGACCACCAAAUGCCGAAGCGUUUGCAAAAGCGCUGUUUGGCUCGCAGAAGAGCCCAAAGCUUUAA